AUGGAAGUCUUUCGCAACCCCCCCGAACCUUCUUCAUUCAUUCCGCUUGCCGAGCACCAAUCGCAUACUCCGGCAUCGUUCUAUUCAGGACCCCCCAUCCUGCACCAUCUGAGCGAACGUUGUAAAAUAGUGAUUUUGGAAGAAGAAUUAAACAAAUCCACUGCAUUAAAUGGGUUGCGACCGAAUGCCUCCGUAGCUGAAGCUGUGAAUGGCACCUCAGCUAGCGAAGCUUCAACCUCCGCUACCGCUACAUCUACCGACGGUGCGGAUGGGAACAAAGAGAUUGUGAUAGAUGGGGUCGAUGUUUGGGUAACAUCUGAACGUCUCCUUCUCUACUCCCAGCGUGCGAAAACCGGUGUCGCAAUCCCGUACCCAUCAAUCUCCCUGCAUGCGAUUCAACGCCUCCAAAUCCCUAACUCCACUUCACCCGCAACUUCCUCCGUUGCAGAUGAAAAUACAGUGCAGGGUUUAUAUAUGCAACUUUCAGCCGACAGCCAGGACAGCCAGGAGGACGAGGAUAUGGAAGAAGAUAGCACGUGUCUAACAAUAGUGCCUCCGCCUCCCCAACUCCAACCCCCACCACAACCGCAACAACAAGACGAACUCCUCACUACGGAAGAAGAAGAAAAUAAACACAGCCAAACGCCUGCGCAAGAUCUGUUUGCCGCCGUCUCAGCAUGUUCGAACCUGCAUCCUGAUCCAGCAUCGCAACAUGGAAGCGACGAAGAAGGCGACGCGGAUAUGCAGAAUCACCCCACCGAACAGCUGGAUGGUAGUAUCUUGUAUCAGAGAGGGCUGAUCACCCCUGGCAAUAGCACAGGCGGCUUACCGCCUGCGAUGCCGGGGAGUGGAGGUUGGAUUACGGCAGAAAAUAUGCAUGAGUACUUUGAUGAGGAGGGGAAUUGGAAAGGUGGUGAGGAUAUUGGGGAUGGGAGCGAAGGGCCGGGUGGGGUUUCUUUGGGGCCUGGGGCUGGGAUGGUUAGACCUCGUGAGGAAGGUGGUGAGGGAAAUGGGCAAGAUGCUGUUGAUGUGAAUACCGAUGAGGGUGGGGAGGAGACGAAGUGGAGGAGGACGGGCUGA